CUGCAGGGGAAUUCGACAAGUUGGAAUUCGCGAUAAACUUGUCCUUGGACAACCUACUUAGGUACCCAAGUGCUUUGCGACAACUUGCAUGCUGCCACCACCCCUUUUCCCGACCCGACUCUCCAGACGCCCAGAUAUCUUUGUAUACGGAUUCAGUGCCGAGUAAAGCAGUUAGACGCCCCCAAGACAAGUCCCCGAUCAUGGACUUCCUCAAAUCGGCUGUCGCGUCAGCCAUCGCAAAGGGGCCUCCAUUCCCCUAUAACUUUGGCGACAAGGUCGAUUUCGACCCCUCCAUCUGGACCCUUUACAACGGAACUCGACGCGAGGACGGGUCCAACUGCAGCAUCUUCUCCUUUGACGUCUCCGCCAACCGAUCUGCGCUUCCCUUAGCCAAGAAUGCGCUCAAAAAGCUACGAACACUACGACAUCCUGGCGUCAUCAAGGUGCUGGAUACGGUCAAGACAGACUCGUACAUCUACAUUGCCACUGAGCGGCUAGUUCCCCUAAGCUGGCACGUCAAGAGAAAGAGCCUCAGCCCGGAGACUGCGAAAUGGGGUCUUUAUAGCGUAGCGAAAACCCUCAAGUUCAUCAACGGCGACGCAUCCUCGAUACACGGCAACCUCAAGGUCGCCUCGAUAUACACUUCCGAGAGCGGCGAAUGGAAGAUUGGUGGCUUUGAAGUUCUGAGCAAUGUCAAGGAUGACGACGCUUUGAUAUACAGAUACGGCAGUGUUGUGCCUGACUCGGGGAGGUACACUCCUCCUGAACUUGCAAACGGCGGAUGGGAUGUCAUCAAGAAGAGCCCUCACCAUGCCGUUGACUCUUACGACUUCGGCAUCUUGAUUUACGAGGUCUUCAACGGCAGUUUUAUGGGGUCGGACCAACUAGGACAGACCAAGAGUAUCCCGCCCAGCAUGCAAGCGAGCUACAAGCGCCUCAUCAACGCCAACCCCAAGGCCAGACUCAGCGCAGCCCACUUCCUCGAACAAGGACUAAGGAAUGGAUCCUUCUUCGACAGCCCAUUGAUCAAACUGACCGAGGGAGUUGACAACCUGGGAAUAAAGUCGGAAACCGAACGCGAAGCCUUCCUGGAGGAUCUCGACCAGCUCUCGGACGACUUCCCGGAAGAUUUCUUCAAGAUGAAGGUCCUACCCGAGCUACUCAAAUCGGUGGAAUUUGGCGGUGGUGGUCCCAAAGCCUUUGGAGUAGUGAUGAAGAUUGCAACAAAGCUGUCCAACGAAGACUUUGACACAAAGGUUACUCCUGUCGUGGUUCGCUUGUUUGGAAACCCCGAUAGAGCGAUCAGGGUAUGUUUGCUAGACAACCUGUCGCUCAUGAUCGACAGAUUACCACAAAAAGUGGUAAACGACAAGAUCUUUCCGCAAAUAGUUGCGGGUUUCACAGAUGUCGCACCCAUUGUGCGCGAACAAACACUCAAGUCCGUACUAGUCAUCAUCACCAAACUAUCAGACCGUACCAUCAAUGGCGACCUCCUUAGGUACCUCGCCAAAACUGCCAACGACGAACAGCCCGGCAUCCGUACCAACACCACAAUCUGUCUCGGCAAGAUUGCCAAGUACCUGGGAACCUCCAACAGAGCCAAGGUCCUUAUCGCCGCCUUCACCCGCUCUCUCCGCGACCCCUUCGUGCACGCCCGCAACGCCUCCCUGAUGGCUCUCGCCGUAACAGUCGAGUACUUCUCUAGCGAAGACUGCGCCACACGCCUGAUACCCGCCGUCUCCCCCCUCCUCAUCGACAAGGAGAAGUUGAUCCGCGACCAAGCCAACAAGACCAUGGACGUCUACCUCCAACGUAUCCGCAAAGCCCAACAAGACAUGCCCGAGACCGUAAUACCCCCCGAAACCGCCCAACCCCGUAUGAGCACCCCUCAACCAGCCGAAGCCGCCAUCGGCUCCAGUUCCGGAUCCGGCGCCGUAGCAGCCGCCUGGGCAGGCUGGGCCAUCUCCAGCUUCACCAACAAGCUCUCCAGCGCGGCAGGGGAGAUGCAACCCAACGGUUCUGGUGCACCAUCGCCCGUUCCGAGCGCCAGCGGGCUAUCCACGCCCACAUCCACUACCACUCCCAAACGGCCCACCUCAUCUUCUGUCUCGGCGCUACACAGACAAGCGCUCAAAUCCCCAUCACCUUCCACCACCACUACUCAGUCAACAGGAGACUCCUUCUUUGCCGAUCCCGAACCGCAAGAAGACGAUGCAGACGCUUGGGGCGACAUGGGCGACAUGGAUGACGACGCCACAGCAGGCGCAGGAGACGAUAACUGGGGCGCGAGCUCGGAACACUCACAACCAGCGUCGUCGUCAGCAAAGAGGUCAGUAAGCAGUAGUCGCAAACAACCAUUCGGCGGCGGCGGCGGCGGCGGCGGCGGCGGCGGGGUUGUUGAUGAUGAUGGGGAACCUGAUUUCGCGGGGUGGUUGGCGGCGCAGGCGGAGAAGAAGAAGAAUCCUUUGGGGGCGGCUGCUGCACCAAAGACCUUGCCCAAGGGACUGGCGAAGACGGGAAGCGCAAAGGGUGGACCAACAAGUACGACGGCGGUAAAGAAGACGUUGCCUAUUAGUAAGAAGCCUGCUGCAACGGCGACUGUGAAGAAGAUUGAUACGAAGCCGAAGGUGGAUGUGGAUGGGGACGAUGGGUGGGGAGAUGGGUGGUAAUCUGGUGCGGUGUCGAGAGGGGGUGGUGGUGGUGGUUGGAUUAGAGUUGGAGACGGUGGACAGCAUAGUGCAAUUUAAAGUCUAAACUUAGUCUAUAAUGGAUAAGAUGAAAGCGAACUGGCCCGAGUGGUUGGUUGGGUUAUAACAAAAUCUACAGAUAAUUGCUAAAAGUGGGGAUUAUAUCCUGGAAAUAUCAGAUCAUAUCUACUGUGUAG